CUCAGUUUCAGUUGUUCGUCUGUUUACCGCUUGUCGCCAGUUCUGUGCUGUAAUCAUGGCCGACGUGAUGGAGAUGCCCAGGUCGCGCAUCAAUGCCAGCAUGCUAACUCAGUACAUCGACCGGCCCGUCUGCUUCGUAGGGAGGCUGGAAAAGAUUCAUCCCACUGGAAAAAUGUUUAUUCUUUCAGAUGGAGAAGGAAAAAAUGGAACCAUUGAGUUGAUGGAGCCUCUUGAUGAAGAAAUCUCUGGAAUUGUGGAAGUAGUUGGAAGAGUAACGGCCAAGGCAACCAUCAUGUGUGCAUCUUAUAUCCAGUUUAAAGAAGAUAACAAUCCUUUUGAUCUUGGACUUUACAAUGAAGCUGUGAAAAUUAUCCAUGAAUUCCCUCAGUUUUUUCCUUUAGGGAUUGUGCAGUAUGAUUAAUCUUAAUGUAUUUUUUCUUAUGAUUGUAAAUGAGGAGACUACAUUGGAGACUAUAUAAAAGGAUCUUCAUGUUUCAGAGAGAGAUUCCUCUGAUUUAUAAUAUUUAAUUUGCUCUUUUCUGAAUUUUAUUUACCUAACUUUAAAUAUUUCAAUCUGCAGUUUUUGAUGGAAUUGUUAUAUUGACAGUUGUCAUCUAAGUUAUUUUACAAAGAAUUGCUUCUCUGGUAUAUCGUCACAUUAGAUGUAAGAACAAAGCAAUUGUCUGAG